AUGCGUACCAGCUUAUUGCCAACCUCUCUACUUGCGGCCUUUGGGUAUGAUUACAUCGUCGUCGGUGGUGGUCCUUCGGGGAUAAUCAUGGCGGAGCGCCUCGCUGAAGCCAAUAAGAAGGUCCUGCUCCUGGAGCGCAGCGUGACAGGUUUUUCAUUUGAUGUGGGCAACAUCGAUUAUGUCGGCGGCUAUCUGUGCUCCGAUACCGAGGGAACCGCCGCCUGUAUCCUCGGGGGAGGGGUUUCGGUCAAUUAUAUGGUCUUUGUUCACCCUCCCGAUCAUGUACAAGCUGAGGCGGAGCGGCUAUACCUUCGCAACCCUGGUAGUAGCCUGCCUUCUGCUGACAGCCAGCGUUACGAUCAGGUCUUGUACAUUAUCCUAGCUAACUUCUUCUCCCGACUUGGCUGGCGAUCCAUGGAUAUAAGCGCCCAACGCAAUGAGAAGCAUGGUUUAGAGCCACCCCGAUUGGAACAUCAAGGCUACAAACCUGCGGGCCCACUCCGCACGUAUCUACCACAGGCUCUGCAGCGUGAUAACUUCUCCCUGCGUAUGAAUGCAAAGGUUACCCGCGUGGUCCGCGACGGCAGCCGCGCCACGGGCGUCGAACUCAUCUUCCCGGAUCGGAACAAUACUACUGAGAUUAUUCCCUUAGCACCUCGGGGUCGUGUGGUGCUGUCGGCCGGCGCCUUAUCCUCGCCACGAAUUCUCUUCAACUCCAGCAUCGGCCCGAGCGCCCAGAUUGAGACGGCCCGACGGAGUGGCGUUGCGGUCCCGCCGACUAAGGACUGGAUUCAUCUGCUCCGUUGGGGGGCCUUAACCCAGGGGAAACAUCGACUGGUGCUCUUUACGUCUAAUGUCGCUAGCGAUGGUAUUGCCCGCUACUACCAGGGCUCGCAAAGUCCUACUGCCGAGGGUGUUAUGACUAUCACUGCCUAUAUAACUCACGGGCUGACUUCGACCGGCGUCUAUUCCUAUCUGCAAACCGCUGGAGACGCGAGGCGGCUACCCUAUGCCAUCACCGCCCUUAGGACUGGCCUAGAGCUCCAGGAAUACACAAAUACCUCCGCAAUCCUGAGCUCUCUCACGGCAGAGAUCCACUAUGCCGGUACAACGAGGAUGGGCCUUGACAACAGUCGCUACCCCAAUGGCACCGCGGUGGUGGACAUGAACACGAAGGUGUACAGAAUGGACAAUCUGUACAUCGUUCAUAGUGGCUUUCACCCGGAUCUGGCCUCAGUCAACAACCAGGCAUAUAUCAUGGUCGGGGCUGAAAAUGCCGUGCAACGGAUUCUGUCUCAUCCGGAUGACGAGUAG